UCAAAAUCUACGAGAGUAUCCAAAGACAGUCUCUAUGUUGAAUUCAAACGACCAGCAAGCCUAACGUGCGGACAUGCCAUAAUGGAGCCCAUGACCGCUCUAGUUCUAGCAUUUCAGCUAAUAGCAUUGUUCUCAAUAGCAGGAGCUUUAGUUUUGUACUUGCUGUGUAAGGUCCGAAGUACACUGGCCGUUCUAGUGACAAGUGCUGAUAGUGCCUUGGGACUCCAACUAUGCACACAUUUGGCCAAUAGAGGAUGUCGGGUUUUUGCCGGAAUGAAAGACCCAGUCGAUUCGAUUCCCGCUAAACUCCUUAGAAAUUGGAUUAAAAUGAAAGAGGUCACUGUUGAACCUGCACAAGGUUCAAUCACUAUAAUGCAAUUAGAUGUUACUCGAGAAGAUAUUUUACGCGAAGCCACAGAAGCAAUGGGUUCUCACUUGAAUGCUGGUGAACGAGGAAUAAGUGCAGUUAUAAACACAAGUGGAUGCAUUUAUCGUGGAAGAAUUGAGAACCAGGAUGUCCAACAGUGGGAAACAAUGCUGAAGACAAAUAUAUUAGGAUCGUUGAGGGUUGCUAAGGCUUUUGUAAGCUUACUUCGACCAACUCGUGGACGUCUUAUUUAUCUUGGUGCCGGAAAUGAUGGGGACGAAUUAGUAGCAUUCAAUGCAUCACGAGUUGCUGUAGAAAAGUGUGCUGAAGAACUUCGCAAGGAACUACAGCCGUAUGGUAUAAGUGUAGUAGCUUUGGAUACAAAUGGUGUACCAGCUGAUUCUUUGUUCCGAGCACCGAUACCGCAUGUUAUAUCUGACUGCGAGGGUGCCCCAACACAGUACUCAGCUGAAGUUCUUACUUCCAGUGCCUUAACAGCCAUUGAACAUGCUCUCUGGGAUAUCAGACCAAAUGAGAGAUACCAAUUAGCGGUGCCACAAAACAAGUAUAACAUAACGUUGCCAUGCAGGUCAUCAUUCCGUUUAAGAAUGGACAUGGGUGCCGUACAGAAGGUCUAAUUUAGUUUUAGACUUUUUCGUGUUGAAACUUACUAAAAAAAAAAAAAAAAUAAAUAAAAAUCGACAUGAAUUUUGUGCCAUCUGGUGGCAAUCAAUGAUUUUGAUUACAAAACAAAAACGGGACAAAAUUCACAGACGAAAAAGUUGAUUGAUUUAUGAUAAAUUAUAAUCUUAUUUAAUUCAUAAUAAUUAUAUGUAUUAUCUGUUGGAAUUUGUAUAUACCUUACCUAUUUUAUAGCCAAACAUUACUUGUAAAUAUUUUUUUUUUAUUAUUAAAACAUUAUAUCAUUGUGUUAAUUUUAUGUUUACCUAUCUUUAAAGCAAAAUUGUUUUCUUCUUUAAAAACCUUUUUAUUGGAAAAGUAAUAAAAAAAACUAAUAUAAUAAAUGUGA